AUGUCUGAAACCGUUAAGCAGCAAGCUUUGUACAAUUUCAUUCAAAUAAUGUACUGUGUUCUAAGCGUGGGGCAAGAAGAUCCACAGGCAACCACUGAUAUUAUGCAAGUGAUGCGUAAAGGAGUUUUUGGGAAAAGUAUCAGCUAUCUGCAGACAACUAGUCAUGAAGAUAAUGAAAGUGGCAAGAAAGACGUAACAACAGAACUGAAGGAAGGUGAAGAAAAAUCAGGAAAUCAUGCCGAGCAGUUGGCGGAGAAUCCAACAACUGCUGAAAGUGUUACACAACCAACUGAAGAGGUUGAACACGAUCCGUCAUCCGUAAUGAAAACUUCAGACGAAGUUGAAGUUAUUCAAGAAGAGAACAUUAAACAGAACGCGGAUGAAUGCAGUACACAAAACGAAACAGACGACAAAGAGAAAAAAGAAGUGAAAGAGGAUAAUGAUGAUACAAAAAUUUCUGAACAAAGUAAUAACUCGUCGACAAGUCAGCAAUCAAGUGCAGAUGAAGAAAAAGCCACGAGAGAUGAUGCUGAUUCGCAAUCCAAGGAUGUUGACAUUUCGGGUGCAGAGGUCAUAUCUUCACUUGAAACAUCAGAAGUGGGCACAAAAGCGACAUCACAACAACUUACUGCCAGUAAAGAUAAUAACGAAGGGGAAAAGAGUGAAACAGAAGAAGUGCUUCAGGAAAAGCAUACUGUUUGUGAUAAUGAAGCUGAAGGAAAUACCGAUGACCAGCAUGAUACAUCGUCAGACAAAGCGGUGGAUGAUGUGGGCGAGCUAGCUGCACAAGACGAUCAAGAUGAGCAGUCGGCAGAAAGAACUGACGAAGAACCGAUUCCUGAUUCUAACGAUGAUCAUAAAAUUGAUCAGUCCAAACUUUCGAUCCAAUCAAAUGAGCAAAGUACAGCUGAUGGUGAAGUGAAAGAGAGUGUGGAAAAAGAGCAGGAUGUUAGCGAGACCGGUGGUGAUAAUGACGAAAAAGCGGCACUCGAACGUCGUCGAAGUCUUCGACCGCACAAGCAGAUUUCGUACUCGGAUACGAGACCGGUCUCUGCUAGUGAUAGCAAAACAGCGAAACGAGAUGCGAAAAAGACAACCGAAUCAAAGACGACAACCAACGACAAUACACCAACUGUGAAAAAAUCUGAAACCACUCUUCCACAAAGUCGUCGAUCUGCAAAGGAAAAAGAGAGUGAAAGUACAAGCGCAGAGAGUGCUGCAACAACACCAAAACGUCGUCCACAAUCAAAAGCAGCUUCAUCAUCGAGAAGGAGCACUCCUGCAUCAAUCACCGAAGCAAGCCAAACACGACGUAAGCCAACCAGCGCCCAGCCGAAGGGCCAUUCUUUUCCAGAUGAUGAUCCGUUCAGUCUGGAAAACAAUAUCGACAAUCAUCCUCAACCGCUACGAAAUAUACAAAUGGAACGUCAGUCUUUUGGGAAUAUAAAGUUCACGAAAGCAUCGAAUACACCUGACACAUCACUGAAUCGUUAUGAAAAAACGGAACAGACUGCCAGUGAACGUCGUUCGAAUCUGCCUGAUUUGCAUGGUGUUGUGCACAAGUCACUGUCUGAAUUGAGUACAAUUCGCCGCACUCCUGUCUCUCGUAAAUUAAAGAAAAUCGGAUCUAUCAGUGAAGAUAUUAACACGAAUGAAGAAGCAGCGAAUAGCAACGUUGAUGAUGAGCCGAUGGAUGUUAAUGUUGGAAAUGAACCGGUAAAUGGAGAACAUCGAAGUGCAUCAACUACCGCCACGCCUAAGAGUCAUGCCAAAAAAACUCGCGUCACCAAAGCGGAAAGUGCGCCAGCCAUGCCGAACACUAAGAAACGGAGAAUAGAACAAACGUCGACUGAAGUGGUACCCAAGAAAGCGCAUACGAAGCCAUUGCCAGUGUUGGACAUUGAUGAGCAGUUCGCGGUUGAUCAUCGUGAAAAUGAGCAUACACCUUACGAAAUUGGUGCUCGUGUCUAUGCACUCUGGGGUCGUGAGUACUACGCUGCUAAAGUUUCUGCGGAGCGUGAUUCGAGUGGAAGGUAUGAGUUAAUGUUCGUUGAGGACGAAGAAGUUCGUCGGUUGGUUGUAACCGGAAUCAUUCCUUUAACCGCUCUUGUUACUGGCAAAAAUUGUUUAACCACAAUUAAAAAGAACGAUGAAGAUGUAAUUGAAGAAGUUGAAAUAGUGAAAUCACCGUCAAGCACAGAUAAGCAGGAAUGGAUGGAAGCGUUACUUCAAGUAAAAAGCGUCGAGCAUGGAAACGAAUACAACGUAUCAUGGGCAAAACUCUGGCUGAAUUCGAGUCAGGCGAACGCCUUGGCGACAGCAAAGGUGAACACUGCAUGUGAUGUUAUGGCAGAUAAUAUCGAUACCGCUGAAUCUCGUCGAAGUCGUGCCAAGCGUCAUACACAUGCUCCAGAAGAGGCAGCAACGCCAGUUGCAGCUCGCUCACCGAAGAAAUCAAAGAGUGCAAGCAUUAAAGGAAAACGUACUGUAACAGAGAAUGAGGACGUCAGUGAAUCAACAGCAACAAAUGCGAACUCAUCAACACUGGAAGGUGGUAAUAUUUUCUCUGGUAUAGCGGUAGUGAUAACAUCGGCAAUGCGCAAAAAUAAAGACGAAGAACAAGCAUUCAGUAAACGUGAAGUGCGUCAAAUGAUCGAAAGUCACGGUGGAAUAGUUUCAGAUGAUUUCACGAAAAUCGCAUCAAGUGAGAAAGUAUUGUUGAUCGCAGAUACUCAUUAUCGCACCCACAAAUACCUCUCAGCCUUAGCUCGAUCUGUACCUUGCGUUCGUCAUCAAUGGAUACGUGAUUGUGUUGAACAGAAUAAACUUCUUGAUUACAAGGACUAUAUGCUGCCGGCUGGUAUUUCGCUUUUGACGAACAAAAUAGUGCCAUGGCAUGCUAAUAAUGGUCGUUUAUUGGAAGGUAAGCGCGUUCUGCUAUCCACGCGCAACUUCUUCCCUGAAACACAGAUGCCAAAUUUUGCAGAGAUCUGGGCACCUCUCAUCAAACAGAUGGGUGCUGAAGUUGUUGAUCAAAUGCCAUCAGAUGGUGUUGAUAUCCUGUUGACGGACGCAUCGUGUUCAGAUGAUGUUUUGGCACAGGCUCGUGAAUGCAACGCAAUCAUUGUUUCAUCUGAAUGGAUAAUUCAGUCAAUCAUUCAUGGAAAUCUGCCUGAUCCUACGGCUCACGAACGAUUUCAGUACAACUUUGUUGACUCACAGUAG